AAGCAUUUCGUUGAAAAUGGCAUCGAACGCCAAGUUUUCUAUUAUGUUGACAGCUUGCUUCGUGUAACUUGCAUAAUGAUCGAUAGUAGAAACUCCAUUCGCGUCCUAUCUGUCGUUAGAAGCUAAAUUGGCUAACUGUUGAAGCUAAUUGACUAACGUUAACUUGGUAGUAUAACGUUAGUCCCCAGUAGCAGCUAUCAGUACGUUAUAGUGGUUACCAGCUACUAACUGGUAAAACGUUGCUGUCGUGUCCUUUGUUGUAUCAUAGCAGCGAACACGAACAAAGAUGUCAGACAGAGCUAACGCGACGUUACGAUUGGAAAAACUAAAUGCAGCUCACUUAACUCAAAGAUUAAAAGGUAGUGGUACACGCAUGAGCUGAACUUGAAAUAACUUCCUGAUGUGCCAAUUCAUGACAUACAAAGUAAAAGAACAGGCGAUUAAGAAAAACUCUCUCUCUCAGAGGAGGGAUGCACCAGCAGGAGGAGAAUGGAGGCAGAGGAAAGAAGAACGGUGGCGAGGCCAAGGCAAAGCACAGGCGAGAGAGGUCGAGGAGGACGAGAGUUGUGAACAGCAUGGAAAAGAAGCCGUGCCCAGGGGGACCUGCCAGACCAUGUGCCCUGCUCGUGAGCUGCAGGACCGUGAGGUGCAGAACCGCCUUCACCGUUUUGAGAUGUUGGCAGGCACAGAAAGAGUUCGACGGCCCAGGGGAGACCCCUUGCGGGCUGUCAAAGAGUAUACCAGACCAGCAGCUGGAAAAGACUCGACAAACCCCACUGACCUCCGUCCACCUGCUGUGCUGCUGAAAACUGUGUGUUAUCUUAUUGAUGACAUUGCUGCGUCCCCUCACCUGCAUCCAUGGACUGAGGUGUACAGCUUUGUCUUUGAUCGGCUGCGUGGCGUGAAGCAGGACAUGAUCAUUCAGAGGGUGUCUGGGUUGAACUGCAUGGCCAUUUUAGAGCGGACAGUGCGUUUCCUUAUCUAUGCCUCAUAUCGGCUUUGCGGUGAGCCCCUGUGGCUCUACGACCCACGCAUUAACGACACACACCUACAGGAGAGUCUGAGCUGGCUGUUGGAUUGCUACGCAACUGAAACGGGACCGCAUCCCAACCAGGAAGAGUUCCAAGCUCUUGGUCUGCUGUACAACUUGGGUUCAGCUCGUGCCACGCAGCACAUCAUGGAGCUCUCUGGGCGGCUCCGCACCUCCCCUGCCAUCACACUCGCUCUUUCCAUCAACCGAGCUUUUCUGGAGCGAAACCCCGUGCGUAUGCUCCGAUUGGCUCGGAGAUUGAACUUCAUACAGGGCUGUGCUCUGCACCGCCACCUGGUGACGUGUCGACGAGAUCUGCUGCUAAUAUACAGCCACGGAUACUGCAGCCGCAACUGUCGCUUUCCUCUUGACAGACUGGCUCAGCUCUUGUCCUUAGACACGUCUCUCGCAGCCCAACUCUGUCAGGCGUACGGAGUGGAUGUUAAUCAGGGCAACCAAUUGGUUUUCUCCAAGGCUGCUUUCACUGAGCCUGGGAAGGGGAAACUGCAUUGUAAAAUGUAUCACAACAUAGUGGCAGAGAAACAGAGAGAACUCAGUGUUGGGAACAUCAUUCACGGCUGCGUUUGACAAAUA